AUGGCCAAAACGCCUAAAUUGAAGGGCAAUUCAAAGCCUUCGGCACACUCACGCGCCGCAAGGCGAGCUGCGUCGCCUUCUGUCGAUGUCGAAAAGUCAUUGACCUCUCUUCCGCGACCGGACACGCCACAGAUUCCUGCAGCGCAUGUGAGCUCUGGUAUCACAAAGAAAAAGUCGAAGUCGAAACCUAAAAGUCGAGCCCAAAGGCUACGACAGGAAAAGGGCCUUGAGAGGGCGGAGAUUAUUAUGGAUCAGCUGGAGAAGAAAGUCAAUAAGAGCAUUGAGAAAAGCAAAGUGAUCAACCGGCGAAGGGCGGAUUGGGAUGAGUUGAACCGGAAGUCAAAUAGAUUUACGGCAGCCCUCAAGGUGGAAAAUGACGACCAGGAAGAACUAGACGAAGCUAUGGACGACGAUAACAGUAUAAGACUUGACACCGAGAAGCAGUCUACGCGACAAACCGUAUUUUCCGCAGCAAUAGCUGAUCCUGUUGCCGAACAGCCAGCGGGACUCGAUGAGGAUGAAGAGAUCACUUGA